AUGCCUUCCAACGACGGCGUGCUGGCAGUCGCCCGCUCCUUUCGGGUUCUUGUCAUCGGCGGCUCCUACGGGGGUCUCUCUGCCGCAUUGAACCUCUGGGAUCUCUCACGGGGCCGUCUGCCUCGUUUCAACUAUGCCUAUGAUGGCCCGCCCCCGGCACAUCGGAUUCCCAUUCAAACCACCAUCGUCGAUGAGCGCGACGGAUAUUUCCAUCUCAUCGGGUCUCCCAAAUCCUUAGCUUGCGAGAAGUUGGCCUCAGAAUCCUGGACUCGAUUCCAGGACAUCCCUGCUCUCAAAUCUGCCGACUUCAAAAUCAUUCAGGGCACCGUCACCAAAGUAGACUGUGCAGCUCAGACCGCCCAUAUCUUGGAUACAGCCACCAAAUUAACCACGACCGAGUCCUAUGACUUCCUCAUCGUGAGUUCCGGGCUGCGGCGAGUGUUUCCCACGGUUCCUGAAUCCCUGCGGCGAGAUGAUUUUCUCGGGGAGACCAGAAAACAUACGGAAAAUGUACGCAAUGCCCACGGUGUAGUAGUCGUCGGCGGCGGUGCGGUUGGGGUGGAGAUGGCCGCCGAGUUGAAGAUGCUCGAACCACAGCAGAGGGUCACCCUGGUCCAUUCGAGGGAUCGAUUACUCUCAUCGGAGCCGUUGCCCAAUGACUUUGCGGAGCGGGUCGAUUCCAUCCUGCGGGAGGGAGGUGUCAAAGUUAUCUUAGGGCAGCGUGUGGUGGACACUACCGUGGUUGAUACUGAAAGCAACCAGCCAACAUGGCGCUUGACACUGGGUGAUGGACGGCAGAUCACGACGGGACAUGUGCUGAGUGCCAUCUCGCGAUGCAUUCCCACAUCCACGUAUCUGGCUCCUCAGGCGCUGGACGAGACAGGUUAUGUGAAAGUACACCCAUCGUUGCAAUUCUCUGGAAAUAUUCCCAACGCAGAGCACCAUUAUGCUGUCGGGGAUCUCGCCGCCUGGCCCGGGAUCAAACGCUGCGGAGGCGCAAUGCACAUGGGCCACUAUGCAGCCAUGAACAUUCACCAACAAAUGUUAGCUGAGGUCCGUGGCGACAAGCCCAGCUUAAAGACCCUCAACCCCUUCCCCUCCGUGAUUGGACUGGCCCUGGGAAAGAAGGCCGUCACCUAUACACCUGAUGAGGGCACUCGCGAUGGCGAGGAUCUCCUGACCAGCCUAUUCGGAGACGAUAUGGGGAAUAGCAACUGCCGGAAUUAUUUGAAAUUAUCGGAGGCGUGCCAGGCAUGA